AUGAAAACCACACCCCUCGCUGACCGCAGAUGGCACCACUACCACAUCCUUUUCGAGGCCGUCAUAUCCGUUGUUUCGUUUUCGUUGAACGGAAUCGUCCUUCUUGUCGCCACCAGGAAUCAUAAGCAAGCCAAAACAGCGAUGAAUUCGUAUUCAACUCUGGUCGUUUGUACAACUCUAACUGAUCUCGCAUUCACGCUGGUGAAUCUGAUUACAAUGGAGGUAAGAUUGCUAGCGUUUCUUUUUCUCCACCGGGUUGUGUUGGUGGACAAAAAAGAAGGGUCCGGAAAGUGCCAAUGGGCGGACUUCUUGCUCAUUUUGAUAAAAUGGGUAUGGUUAGGGAUGCCACGGCUCCGGAGCCGGCUCUUGGCUCCGGCUCUGAGCGGCUCCGGCUCCCGAGCCGGAAGCCAGAGCCGGAGCCGGAAAUUUUGGGGUCGGCUCCGGCUCCCGAGCCCAAAGUCGGAGCCAGGCUUUACAGCGGUCAGAAAAGUAAAAAUUUCGUGAUCUUGUUAAACCAAAUUGCUUGAAAAAACACUGCGGAGGAUGUGACUUGACUGCAAAAACGUUGGCUGUAUCAUCUCUGGCACUAAUAACUUUUAUUUUUGGAAAAAUAUUUAUUACAAAAAAAAACAUUUUGCAUAGGAGCCGGGAUUCGGAGCCGGAGGCCUUUUUAAAUUUUGCACGGAGCCAAGAGCCGGAGCUGCAAAUUUGGCCUCGGCUCCGGCUCUGGGAGCUAACAAGGGAAGUCACUUUUUUCGCAGACGGACUUUGGAACGGGACCUAGUAGGUUUCAAACCUGAAGCGUCUGCGAUCAUACAACAGAUUUCCAAAGGUGUUUACGGGGCUCCUCGGCCGAGAAAAUCGACCGCAAAGUUUAGCCGAAAUGAGCGAAUAGCCUCCUCAAAAGAAACAGCUUAUUUCAUCUGCAGUGGUGGCCGAGUGGUCAGCGCGCUCGCUUUUUGCGCCAGAAGACGUGAGUUCGACUUCGGUCGUCUGCGGAUGCAUUUCUUUUGGCCAUUGAAUCAAAUAGAGAGAUGCCGUUAA